CCAGAAACCCCAGACCUCCGGCAUCCCACAGUCCCUCGGCGUGACUGAGCAAGCGGUGGCGGCGGCAGCUGUGGCGAUGGCGGAGCCCGACGACUGGGAGACGGUGGAUUUCGGAACGCAGGAGUCGCCGCUGAAGAAGCCGGUGAUCAUAGACAGAUGGGAAGGCGAGGACGAGGAUGACGACGUGAAGGACAAUUGGGACGAUGAUGAGGAGGAAAAGAAGCCACCCAUCAAGCCAGAUGUCAAGGUUUCAGAAAAGAAGAAAUUAAGUGACAGGAUUAAAGAGAAGGAGGAGAAAGAAAGGCAACAAAAGAAGAAAGCUGCAGCUUUAAAAAAUUCAUUAAAAGCGCAGGAACCACCCGUGCUCUCAACAGAGGAACAACUAGCAGAGAAACUUCGACUAGCGAAGCUACAGGAGCAGGCAGACUUGGAAGUUGCGAAGGAGACAUUUGGCAUGAACAAUGUAACACAGUUUGGAAUUGACUCCAUGUGCCCGUCUACUAGAGAAGACUUUGCAGAAUUUGGAAAGCUCUUGAAAGAAAAGAUCACACAGUUUGAAAAGUCUCUAUAUUAUGUGGACUUCUUGGAAACAUUACUCAGAGAUAUUAGCAUUUCAUUGGAAGCUGAUGACUUGAAAAAAUUGAACAACUCUUUGACGACACUUUAUAGUGAAAAGCUGAAACAGGAAAAGCAAAACAAAGGCAAAAAGAAGAAAAAGGCUCCUGUGCUUGCGGGUGGAUUUAAGGCAAAUCUGAAGGAUGAUCUUGAUGACUAUGAUUACACGCAGGAGUACGACGACUUCAUGUGAUCGCGUCCUCGUGACCAGGCUUCUUCCAGCAUGUUUUUUUUGUAGACUACCUUCUGCUGCUGGUUUGUCCCUGAGCUGCACAGAACCCUUGCAUUGUUAUGGGACUAGCUAGGACACUGGACACCCCAUGGUAAUAUCAGCAGAUUUUAUUGCUGGUACCAUAAUUAUGCAUUGUUGCAGUCAGUGACAACAUUCAGGUAGCACUGUGGAGAACAUACCUGCAUGGAUUUGGGGUGGGUGGGGUGGGGAAGAGAGCUAUAUAUUUGAAAAAAAAAUCUGGAGCCUUGGAGUGUAUGACUCGGCCUCUCUAUUGUGACCUGAGCUGACGUAAUAAUCACGUUUAUUGUGAUACUGUAGAAUUGAAGAGUCGAAUUACUAUUUUUAAAAUUUCAUGCAUUUUGCCAGCUUUUCUUCUCUGAAACAAUCUAACUAGAGAUCCUGAUUUUCCUUGACGUGGCUUUUGGCUUCUGGGUCGGUCUGCCUUAAGAGAACAUGCCUUAAGUGUUCUCUCUGAAUUGGGCUGAUGGGGAGGAGCCAUGUGACCUUCCUAUGAUGUUGCCCAUUUUAUGGCUGCACCUUUGGGAAACUGAAGACUUGUAGAGAAAAUAACUUCUCCAUUUACUCUUCCCUUGAUCAUUUUAAAGUAGAUGAUCUUGUUGCUGUGAGUAGGAACUUGUCGUGUUCAGCCUGGUUGCCACAUUCCUGCAUUAAAACAUCAGUGGUCAAGCACACAGCGUACCUCACUGGCCAUAAAGCACCCUGGGAUGUCCUGAAUUUGUGAGAGGACAGCAGAAGCCCAUGCCCCUAAACAGGGAUAAAUUAUUCUGUGGUUGGAGGAGAAUUCAUCCUUUGGGAUUGGUGUCGUCACUAUAUGGAUGCUGUUGUGGGCAAAAUCUUGUCACAUUGACUACCACUUCACUGGCUUAGCUUGGGGAGGAUUGGCAGACUGGAUUGAUGCCACUUGUUUUUCUAAACAGGAUUAUACUUUUUGAAGUCUUUGGCUUUAGGCAAGUUGGAGAAACACAGUGAGUCUUGAAUGCUGCCUAUUUGACUAGUCCUAUCAGAGACCUGGCAUUUUGUUUUAAAUAAUUUGUUGAAAGCCUUCUGUGUGGAAGUUGGCCCUUGAAAAGAGGUUUUGAAUCAAGGACGCUAGUGAAGGGGGAAAGGGUGGGCCGCAGUGAAGAAGUACUCUUCAAGCCGGCCACUUCCAGUAAUGGAACCAAAUGCGGAAACUUCAGUGAGAAUGUGCAGGCAGAAGUAGUGGUCUUCAUUUUACAUACCCCACUCUAGAGUUUUGGAAUUAACUUCCUUGUGUGUAGUUAAAUAAGGCACGUGCUGCUUACUCAUUGUAACCCCCGACCAGUCCUCCGUAAUGGGUUGGAAGUGCUUGUAAAGUGGCACCAGUGCAGUAUAUGUUCAGUUUAUUAAUUUUAACUGCACUUUACCUGAAUUUUGCAAUGAUCAUGAGGUGCUUUUGCAACCCAAUGUAAUUUCAUAGUAUGGAAAAUAAUGCAUUAUUUUUCAAGUCCCCACAGAAUUAUUUUAGUUGGUGAUUGUGUAUUUUGUGGUCUUAAACACAAAACAGCUUUUAGGAAUAGCUCUUGUACUGUCCAUCUCUCUCUACCCUUCCCAAAUUUAUUUUACAAAACACAAUUUCUUACAGUCUAUUGAUCAGCACAACAGAUGAGUAAUUUAUUUUUAUAUUAACCUCAUCUGUUGCUGAUUAGUUGGGAAGGCAUAACUACAUGUGAACAUAAUUGGACAUUUGCUAUGUUUUGGGAUAAUAAAUGAGUAUUAAUUAUU